AUGGACUUCGGCGGUAGCUGGGAGGAUCACUUGCACUUGGUGGAGUUUGCAUACAAUAACAGUUACCACUCAGCGAUUCAGAUGGCACCAUUCGAGGCAUUAUAUGGCAGAGCAUGUAGAUCUCCUACUUUAUGGGACGAGGUUGGAGAAUCGUCAGUCUUGGGGCCCCAGCGUAUUCAGCGAGAUGCAGAGUUGGUUGGCACCAUCAGACGCAGAAUGUCAGAAGCUCAGGACCGACAGAAAAGCUAUGCAGAUCGGAGACGGAGACCUUUGGAGUUCUCUGUGGGUGAUCAUGUGUUCCUGCGAGUGUCUCCUACUAAGGGAGUUAGGAGAUUUGGAUUGAAAGGGAAGUUAGCUCCUCGUUAUAUCGGACCCUUUCAGAUACUUGAGAGGAUCGGUGAGGUAGCAUAUCGACUGGCGCUGCCUCCUUCACUUGCCGGGGUGCAUGAUGUAUUUCACGUGUCUAUGUUGAGGAAAUAUGUGCCACACCCUACACAUAUUUUGACAGAUGUCUCGAUCACCCUUCAGCCAGAUGUAACGUAUGAGGAGGUUCCAGUGCGGAUAUUAGAUCGCAAGGAACGUCAGCUGCGAAACAAGACAAUCCGAUUGGUCAAGGUUGGUUGGGGGCAUCAUUCAGAUGACGAAGCAACCUGGGAGCUGGAGGAUGAGAUCCGAGCGCAGUACCCACAGUUGUUUGAUGAAGGAAGCUACAGUGCCCGAGCCCUAAAGGCUACCUCGUUCCCUUCUCAUUCUCUCCGUGUCCACUCUGCCGAUAACCCUCGAUUUCCUCUCGAGCUCACCUUAUCCGCCGACGGGAAUCAGCACCGACGCACCUCCCCGGUCGAUCGCCGGCGCUUUGUCGCAGAUCGAGCCUCCGAGCUUCUCAACCCCUUAACAGAGGUCGCGACGGCGGAGCGUUCUUCAGAGAGCCGUAGCGCGCGAGGGAUCUCCGGCCGGAAGGAAUUGAUCUGA